AUGCCACGUCUACCCAAGAAAUGGACCGCCGAGGAGGAUGACACGUUACGCCGAGAGGUGGAAUCACAACCGUCUGGCCCAGAAGGGCGAGAUUGGUGCCAAAUCGCCGAGAAGCUUCCCGGACGAACGAACAAAGACUGUCGCAAACGAUGGCAAAACACGAUGGCAGGGGAGUUCCGUAAGGGCCUGUGGGCCAAGCAUGAGGAUGAACAAUUGAAGAAGGCCAUUGCCAAGCACGGGACAAGAUGGACUAUAGUCGCGAGUGGUGUGAAAACCCGCAGUGCCGAGCAAUGCGCGAAGCGUUGGCAAAAUUCCCUGAAUCCCAACCUGGACCGCAGUGAGUGGACCGAAAGCGAGGUCAGUGGAGAAAUGAAAUGCCCCCUCCCGAUACUCAGACUUCGCGAUCCUAAAAUGGAUCGAACAUUAAUCGAGGCCGUAAAGACCCUCGGACGGAAAUGGACGCAGAUCCAGGGUGUAUAUUUUGCUGAGCGCUCCAAGACCGCCAUUAAAAACCGGUCAGUUUUGGUCAAUAAUUGCCUCCCCUCCCCAGGGCUUGCCGCAGACGCUCAUAUGAAGAAAAUUUCCAGCUAUACGAUCGUUUCCCGCAGGCUCCGAAGGCAGGCGCAGGGCACGCAAGUGAGCGCAGACACGGCUCCAGAUGGAGGGUGGAACGACGAAGACUCGGACGAUGAUGAUGAUAUGGAUGAGGACGACGUAGACAGCGACAAGGACGAGUCAGGUUCCGCGCCGUGGACCCCGCACCAGAGCCAGUCUGAAAGCGGACCGUCCACCACAGAAAUGCAGAAUGUGCUAUCAGAUUCAUCCUGGAGCCCGUUCUAUCCAAUUGUUGGAGGGUCUCAUCCGUCCCUGUACGACUUUACAACAGGAUCUUCAUCGAAUCGCUGGGCAUGGGAGCCCUCCCAGAUGCUGAGCUCGACCACCUUAGCGGAUACUAGUUCGGACUGCUUCCCGCACAACAACGAUCCGACGUUCCUAGACCUCAUGAUCACAGACUCUGGAAGCGGAUCUACCUGCUCCGACACGUUAACCCAUCCUUCUACCACGCGAGUCGACUGCUCGAUGCCCUGGAAGUGCCCCAGCGAGCUUGAGGAGUCCUGUGAGGAUCUGAUCGUGCCUUCCAGCCCAGGCAGCUCCGCCAACAGAGUAGCCGUGAAGCUAACGUUGGAUAACCCUGAUUCGGAAACCAUGCAGUUGCUGAUGAAAAUUGCGAUAGACAACAAAGCGAGGUUUCGUGUGGAAAGGGAGUAA